CGUCACAAAAGAUUUACGUCACAAACAGAAAAAACAACGUUAUGUUUUGUAAAUAAGAAUCUGUUUGGGUAAUACUGAGGCAUAAAGAAGAAUUCUGUGAUGUAUGAACAAGGUAAUACCACCGUCAUCAAUGAUCAGUUGAUCCUUGAGGAGGACUAUGAUGAAAAUUAUCAGCCUAGUGAAGAAGAAAUAUUUGAAUAUGCACAGAUAAUAGGGAUCGAUCCUAAAACAGAGCCUCAUUUGAUCUAUAUAGCUAGGGAGGGAAUCAGUGCCCCACUACCAGACCAUUGGAGGCCAUGUCAAGAUCCAAAAGGAGAUAUUUAUUACUUCAACUUUGCCACGGGAGAGAGUAUUUGGGACCAUCCUUGUGAUGAGUUCUACAGACGGAUGGUCAUGGAGGAGAGAAAGAAGUUGGCCAUGAACAGAGGAGGUACACCUUCUCGUGGUGGUCAACCAGGAAAUAAUGCAGCAGGUCCAAAGAAAGGAAAAGGAGGCAAAGCAGAUGGAGGGAAGAAAAAAGACAAGAAAAAUAAAGCUGCAGAGAAGCUUGGUCCACUGAAAGCUGAGCAGAGUAAGGGAAUUCCAUCUAUGCACAGAAACUCCAGUCUUGACUCAAUGAAAUCUUCCACAGGCCAGUUAGCUCCCCUGAGGGGUUCAGCAGGGAACAGCCAACCUGUGAAAUCCAGUCUGAACACAACUGGAUCUCUGAAGUCCAAUAACCCAAACAUGCUCAGUAAGAGUGGGAACCUGACCAGCAGCAUGAGUAUCCCCAUCUACUCUACAGAGUAUGAAGAAGACGAGAUGGAACGUCCACGAAAUGAUCUGGAUGCUCACGAUCUCGCCAUGCUCGGAUACCAGGAGUCAGAAGAGGGGAGUGAUAAACUAAAGAUUGAAACAGAAUCAGAAGACAGUGAAGAUUAUGGCAAAGACAUUGAUUUUGGGAUUGACAAAAAUCUGUCAGAGAGAAUAAUGGACAUGGCCAUAGAAAACUUGGAUCCUGUCAGAGGCUCCUUGGAAAAGGAUUUUGAAGGCACUAUGUCUGCAAUGUCCACUGCAAGAGUUGAGUCCCCUGGGGGCAAGAUCAGCCCACUGGAUAGAAUGGAGGAAGAGAGAAGAAGAAGAGCUGAAAUGGCUGCCAGUGCUGCAGAAAGGCGACUUAUAAAUCAGGAUGGUUAUCAAUCUUAUGAAAAGAAGUCUGACUUUCGAGAAGAGGAAAACCAACUGCGGGUCAGUAAUGACCGAUCCAUAAAAGAACUCCAGGACAAGCUGCUGAACGAGCUGGAGAGCAAAAAACUAGAGCUCCUGGAGGAGAAGGAUGCCAAAAUAAGGAAACUACAGGAUGAAAUUAAGAGAGAGUUGGCUGAGGAGGAGAGAAAGAUAAUGAGAGACAAGGAGGACCAAGUCAAGGAGCUAGAGACUAAAGUAAAAGAGGAAUUAGAUAGACUCCAAAGAGAAUUAAUGGACAAAAAUAGUGACCAGAUUAAAAUACUGCAAGAGCAGAAUGAUCAUGAACAACAAGAAAAAGAGUCAGAGAUUCGAAAGCAGAUGGAGUCUGCUCUGGAGAAGCUGAGGAAUGAAGUGGGGUCUCUACAGAGAGAGGAACAGACAAAACUGGAGGAGGAAAAGAAAAAGUGUCUAGAGAGGCUACAGCAACAGGUUGAAACUGCUACAGCUAGUGAACAGAAGAGACUAGAGAACCAAAAACAGGAAGCCAUAGAAAGCAUGCAGUCCAAACAGAAGUAUGAGCUGGAAAACAUUAAGGAGGACCUGGAGAGGAAACAUAGAGAGAAGUUGGAUAGGAUGAGGACAGAGCAGUCCGAGAAACAUGAAGAGGAGAUAAAGAGAAUAAAGGAUGAGAUAAAACGCCUACAGGAGCAGGAGAGGGAACAAAGGGAACAGGAGCUAGAGAUGGCUAGGCAGAGGCAGAAGGCCAUCGAUGAUCUAGACAGAGGGUUGGAUGAAGUGUUGUCAGAGAGGCGACAUGAAAUCAAACAGCAACAACAGAAGGAGUUGUCCAGACUUCAGGAAGAGCAUUCCACCAGACUACGCAAAAUACGCCAGGAUUACCAGGACCAGGAAGGGGACGAGAAAAAACUUUUAGAAGAGAAACUGGAAGCAGAUAAGAAGAAAAUGCAGAAACAGUACGAAAGAGAUUCUGAUGACAUCUGCCGAACUUAUGAACGCAAGAAAGAAUCUCUGUCCGAACAGUUAGAGGACGAGGAAGAAGAGUUCCAGGACAGAAGAGCAGAAUUAGAGAGAAAAAAGAUGCAAGUUGAGAAGGAAUUCAAAAACUUAGAGACACAGGAAAGAAAACUAGAAGAGAAGAGGAAGCUCUUCCGAGAAAAUACAGCCAGUUUUGACAGGGAACAAGAUGAAGCAUUUGGCAGUAGGACCAGUAAUCUGAGUGCCAAGGAACUGGAGAGAAUGAAAGAGGAGAGACGUCAAUAUCAGGAGGAAAUCCAACAGGAACGAGAGGAACUCGACCAACUGAAGGCAGAAAAACGGGCGCUAGAGGAAGAAGUCACAAAACUCAAAAUGAACAAAGAACAGCUCAUCCGAAAACUUCGUGACUUAAAGGAUAGAAUAGACAAGAAAGGUAAAGAUAUUGAUCAUCUGAACCAAAAAAUCAUUGAUGCUGCGGAGGAAACCAAGUCCAUGGCUGAGGAGAGAAUGAGAGCCACCCACACGAUAAGGCGUCCCCCACACCAUGUCAGGCUAGACAGUGUAGAUGCAGAGGAGGAUCUUAUCAGUGAUAUUCCAGAGAGGCAGCAUAGAAAGAAAUUCAGCUUUGCUGAGGAUAGAACUGAUGAUGAUGAUAUAUCCUCCAUGACCGGCAGAUACUGGCAGGAUCUUCUUACGGAAGAAGACAGCACUUUCGAAAACAUUCCUAUAGAGAAGCAGAACUAUGGGGAAGUGAAAGUUCAGAUUGCAAAAGAGAACGAUUCAAUACUAAUGGCCAAAGAAUUCCUCAGGAAGCAGAGACAAUCACUAAAGAGAAGACAUGCGGCUCUGUUGGCUGCCAAGCAGGAGUUGAUGAAGGACGUCAUAAAACAGAAACAAGGGAACACAUUUGAUUCACCCUCUAAUCAGCCCCAGGGGCAUGUGCGAUUUAACCUCCCCUCUGAUAGUCCCCAUGUCUUGGAGGAGGUGAAGCAGAAGCUAGAUAAGGAAUCUAUGGACAUUGAUCACAUGGAAUCACAGGUCAAAACUGGUUCUCGUCUCGUGAAGGAGAAGGAGAGGCGAGUACGGCAGAUGAGUAGCAAGCUAAAUAUUGAGUCUGGCAGUGAGGAGGAGUAUUCUCCCUUUGAACACCAUUGGCGGCCAGCCAAGAUUCCAAACUGUGACUUGUCUGAUGAUGAAAGCAGUGGAGUUAGUAGCACAGACAACAGUCUGGAUAAUGUCCUCAAAGCCUUACAGAAGCAAAAUGCUAGAAUACAAAAUGGUACUCCAUUAAUGUCCACAUUACGGUCUGAGGGAGAUCCCAUUGCCCAAUCCCUACAAAGAAUUAACUCUGAUUUGGCCAAAGUAAUAACAAUGAUUGGGAGCAAUGGAAACAACAGUCUACAGGGAAUUAAUGAUAAGCCUGGGAACUAUGUUCCUAUAUAUGCCCCGUCAGCCCCGCCCAGUUUGCUAGGGAGUACAGUACCUGCUUCCCCAAUCCAGGCCUGGACAACAUCAAAUCCCUACCUACAAAAUCCUCAGCACAAGAUUGAUUAUUCCACCCUAGUUAUGAAUGCAGAACAAUCAUUAGAGAGAAAAUGGAGAAAGUAUUUUGGAGAUCGCCGCCCACCUCUAACUAGUGCUGUGCCAGGAACUUUCACAAUUUCUUCAGGGCCUGUACCAGUCAGAGAACAGCUCAGACAGUACCGCAUUAGUCUCCACCAACAGUUACCUUCAUCUAGCACCACUCAGGACAAACUGGCAGAGCAGAAGGAGUGGCUCCGAAAAUUUGGUCAGGACUUAAACCUUGGCUCCUCAUUUAUCCAUCCCCCACAGUCAGAUCAGGGCUCAAUAGACAGCCUCAUGCUCCGUUCCCAGGUAAAUGACACAGAACCAUUGUCUUCCACGCCUCAGCGAUGCCCGUCUGUCCCGGGAGUCACUCGACUGGAACUGGAUGAAAAUGAUGAAAUCAGAGUGAGACAUUUCUAGAGCUGUCAAAAAAAAUGCAUGAAAAAUGAACCAAGAUAGCAAUGUAACUAUAUGUACUUAAUAGUGUUAGUGAUUGCAGAAUACUGGAUGAAAUUUCUUGCAAGUUCGGAAUUGCAAUGUAAAAAUAUACAAAUUUGUAUCUCAGAAAUGAGAAUGUAUUUUUGAUUAAGAGUGGAAGUUGUGUUUUUUGGUACCAUGAUAUAGUUUUGCAUUUUUUCUGAAUGCGCUUAUUUGAGCGAGACAGAAAUUCCCUGAAUAAAGUUUGGGAAUAAACUGAACCAAAUUUUUUUAAGAUGCAAGAAAACAAAAACAAAUCAUGAUUGUGAUGUAAAUGUAAGUAUGUGUAUGUACUAGUAGUAAGGUAUAAGAGAAGACAUUUCUACUGUGUUCACAAUGUCUGCAUAGAUUUAUAAACUGCACUGGAUUUUUGCAAGAAUGGAAAUAUAUUUAUACAUAUGAUCUGUUUUGUAGAUGGUUGUAGCAUGGGUAUAAUAUAUUCUUUCACAGAUAGAUAUUUUUCCCAGUUGGAAGAAUAAUUCCUACUUGUAUGAUCAUUGUGAUUGAUAUUGUCAUUUUGUCUUUUG